AUGACAAGUGAUGAGAAAAACUUUGUGUAUAAACAAGUGUUUACCGGAUUCCCACUUCGAGAACUUCAGUCUUAUUGUGGAAAGAAAGAGAAUCAUUUCAGUUUUCCAUGGAGAGUCUACUUGUACACAGGCCAAGGAUUGGUGUAUACUCAACUUCAAUGUCUGAAAUUCGCUGGAAACGAAGACUGGUUCGUAGACGCUCACGUUCAAGUAUACGUGUUCGGAAAAUCAGGAGAGGAGCUAGCGAGCAGAAAAGUUGUUCACUUUUCAAAAUCAUCGAACGAUUUGGAAAUCUGGAGAAGUCGAGUUAAUCCAAAUAUCAGUGAUUUCCUUUUGGUAGACAACAAGUUGACGCUGGAAAUCCACGUUCAAAUCAAGAACAUGUCGGGAGCAAAAGAAAAAUUGAAGAGCUUUGAUGAAUCGAUGAAAGAUUUUUCGGAUAUCGUGCUCGUUGUUGAUAAUGAGAGAUUUUAUGUGAACAAAAUGUAUCUCGCCUCUCAUUCGGCCUACUUCAAGAAGCUAUUCAUAGACAAUCCAGUUGGUUCCGUCCAAUCCGAAAUUCUUGUGACGGAUAUGAAUAGAAACGAUUUUCAGAAUUAUCUGGAAUUGAUUCAUGGAGAUUCAGCGGCAAUCGAUGAUGACACUGUUGAUGGAAUACUCCAGUUAGCUGAUAUUCUGGACUCAAAAGUCGCCACAAAGAACUGCGUGGAUUUUCUUUUGAACAAGUCGAAAAAACUGUUGAGACACAAGUUUGAUUUGGCCGUUGAUUACAAGUUGGAUGCGCUCAAGGAAAAAUGCAUCACUGGCAUGAUAUCUUUCGAUGAUAUCCGUUCUGUUGUUCCAAAAACGUCGAAACAUGUGGAAGACUCGGUUUGGAAAGAGUUGCUUAUGAAGGCUCUUUCUAUGCAUUAA